UCGAUUAGCAAAACACUGUCGAGAUCAGUUUCAGUUAGUCUUCGAAAAGCAUCGGUUGAAAAGCAUCACGUAAGCUGCACCUUCUUUGCAACGAACGAAAGUAAAUUCAAACGAAACAACCAAAAAAAGGAAGAAAGAAAUUACAUCGAGAAGAAAUCAAUUCAUUUUGAAUUUGUUUACCGACCGCUUUUUUGUGUCCUGCCAUUUUAAUUCUAACCGUUGAUUGAUUUGCGAUUCGGUUGAGUGCGAGUUAAGUUUAUUUCGACUGUUUUUACUAUUGUGUUCGCGAAUUCGAUUUUCUGAGUGCGUGUAAUUCAUUUAUUCGAUUUGAUUUGGUUUGAUUUGAUUUUAUUUCGUUCGUAAACCAAGAGGUACGAGAGUGAUUUUAUGUUCUGUUUGUUUGUUUGUUCUCUCUUGUUUCAAAUCUCAAUUCGAUUUUCAUUUGCGAGUUAAAAUAAGAAAUCAAUCGCAACGCAACUGAUUCGAAUUACCUGGCUGAAAUAAAUGAUUUAAAUUGAAAAUGCGUUGAGCAUGCGCUGAAUAUUUGUAUAGUGAAAAUGAAUUCGGGAUGGAAUUUAAACAAAUCACAUAAAAUGUAUCAACAGCACAGUCAAUUAGUGAUCUAAUAUUUAAAAUGUCAUUCAUCAUUGAUGCAUGAUAAUCAAUAUUCUGGUAAACCAUUGUUUGAUUACGAUAUCAUGAUCAUUCACGGCUCAGUCUAUCAGUGUUGGUGAAUUGAAAUGGCGAAAAUGUUGCUGGCAAUAUUGUAAAAAUAUUUGAACGAAAUAUUUUGAUGAACCGCAAAAAGAGCGAGUGCAUGAGAGUAGGAUCGCGAGAGUAUUUGGCGAAAAUACGUUGCAUAUUUCACAUUUCUGGCGAUAUGCGAGCCUUACGUUGAGCAUGCUGUGUUGAAUUCUUCGAACACUUUCAUUAUACAUAUUGGGUUACACAUUUAAUGACAAAUCAGAUCUUUAUGUUCUAACUUGUCAACUUGUCCUUUUUGCUACUGUGCGCGCUAACACUAAGUAGCUUCUCAGAGUAGGCAAGAACAUAUACUUAUGAAUUGAGCGACAAAGAGGCACUGCGCACAACCUAAUAUCAUUCGUUCACAUCAACCACAAAACGUUGCUCCUGAAAAUCAAGACACAGAGUGAUAAUCUCAAUUCAACUUGUCACUAUUCUGUGUGUUUUGAAUUCAGUGGUGUUCUGUCUAUUGUUCGAAAGAAGAAAAAAAAAUAAAAUGAACAGAUGCCUUUUGGCCACUGAUGUGUGCGCUAGACAUGACGGGAUAAAACGUUGAUUAGCAAUUCGCUCGUCACUUUUUAAUGUGCUAAAAUUGCGGAAUGUUUUAAACGCUUGAGAAACCAAUGCAAAACGGUUAUUUUUAUUUAUUUUUUUCUCAAUUUGUUUGAAAUAAAUUUUCGUCCCAUUCUAUCUCGAUGUCGGGAUUAAAGAGUAUUGGUUACGCAUACCAAACGUAUUUUCCUUGCACAUUGCUUACGUGUUCAGCACACGUCAAACUUUUAUUUUAUGAAAAUACGACAGCCAGAGAUAGAUAGAGAGCAUGAGAGAGAUGUUGAUUUCGGUUGUUCCCACCAUAACAACAACGAAUAUGCACACGUAUCCAAGAAAACGUAGUGUCAUUGGUUAUCAAACCCAACCGCGAACGAAUUGAACGACUAUAGAAAAAAAAUCGGCAACUGCUGAGCCGACGAUGAAAGGACAAUAAUUUUUUGAUUUAAUAAUAUCAUGGCAUUUCUUGUCCUAGCAUUGGCAUUCAAGCGCGCACAGCAGCGACCAAACAUUGAGAAGCAUAGGGAAUAUCGUUUGCUUUGUUAAAAUCCGAAUGAAGUUUCCAACAGAUGUACAGACAAUGGAGUCAACAAGCAAAAAGAAAAUCCCGAAAGAAAAACGCAAGAAUGUGUUUAGCUCAGAGUGAAAGAGACUGUUUUGUGUUCUUGUCAUUGUUGUUGAGCCGCUGGCAACAUACACACCACGUGAUUGGCGCUUUCGAAUAACAUUAUAUAAAGUGUGAUCCCACGAUGUGUGUACGAAAGUAUUUUGAAAAUGGUUAUCUCUUACAGUGUGCCAUUUUUUAUGUGCUAUUUCAAGGACAUUUUUUUUCUUUUCAUUUUCUGUUUUCGCACCGAAUCCAAAAUCGAAGCGACAUUUUCGUUCAACAUAAUUAGAAUCAAUUUAAUAUUCAUAAAUUUUAAUUGCCACAAAGUAUGGAGAGAGCGAAAAGUGCCCGAGACUUUUCAUAUAAAUAGUUUUUUUCCCGUCUGAUGCAAAUAACUGCUGCGCUUGAUACAGUCAAAUUAACAACAAAUUGUGCGCCAUUGCGGUAGACGAACAGAAUCGUGGGCACAUGAAAUGUGAGAACAACAACAACAUCACCGGCAAUAGCAAACAGUCUAGAGUAUGCUAUCGAUUUGGCAGCUAGUUGGCUGAGCAUUUUCGUCAGCCGAUGGCAAGCGAAACGAAUUCAAGAGGUCAAUUCACUUGUUCAUAGCAACACAUAGUGUGUAAUUAUAAUAGAAAAAACCCAGAGACAGAGAAGAACGCUCCAAAUGUCAAUUCAAAAUUCAUCUACUAUUUCUACGACAAACACCAUAUCCAUGCACUACCCUCUUGCGCACGACAUAGCGCGAAUAAAAGAGAAUGAAUGAGGAGAAUAACGCUAAAGGAGAAAUAGAUUCAGACAAGAGUUGAAAAAUAAGAAUUGAAAGUAGAAAAAAGAGUAUUUUUCCUAACGACCCUGUAUUUUUGAAUGUUCAGCCGCUAACAAUUUGCUAUAAAUCAAAUUAAAUGUGCCAUCGAAAGGCGUAACGAGUCCUGGUGUAAAUAUAACAUUUUAUGCACUUAAAGCCAUCGAUGAUGUAACACACAACAAACAUUACAGAGGGAGCGAGACUGAAUGAGACAUAUCGAAACUAUAUACUCACACGCUACACGACAAGAAGCGGACAAAAACGCGCUAAUGCUCACGAUGCGACGGACCUUAAGCGAAAGAAAACUCAAAGAAAGAAAAAAAUAAACGAAAAAAGCGAGAAAAAAACAGAAGAAGGAGAAAUAAAUUGAAAUGAAAGAAGAAAAAUUACAUAUGAUUACACGAAUCGUAUAUUCGAUAUAUUAAUCAAAAUAUGUGCACGAAAUCGUUGUUCGCUGCUUUGUUUCAUUUUGUUUUGUCGAUGGUAGAUCGUAUGUGCGUGGUAAGAUCAUUUAAAAAGCCAUUUUCGUUAAUGUUCAAGAAAUUGAAUCGAAUGCACAAAGUCACGAAAACAUUGGCAGUCAGUUAAAGAGCCGACCGAAUCGUAUGUCGGCCGACCGACCGACCGAAUGUCCGUCCAAUAAACGAGCAAAAGAGAUCGACACAACCGAACUAGAGACACGGCCAAUUAGUGAAAUAGAAAGAAUCGAGAAAAAAAAAUGUGUAGCAUUUGCACAUCUAAAUGAAGUGCAGCCACGCUCGAUUUAAUCAAUCGACAGUAAACAUUUAGUGAGAAGAGAAUUGUGCUCUGACGUUGAAAUACUGAACACUUUUUUGUCGGGAUUUUAAAGAAAAAUGUCACGACGUGAUGAUGAUGAAGGUUUCAACUUCGACGAUAUCGAAGCUGAUUCGUCACCAGAUGUUCCAGCUCCAUCAGCCAUUGCAGCUGAAGAUGGCGAAGUAGGUGAUGUAUUCGAUGUGGAAGAGAGUGCUGCCGCAGCUGCUGAUGCGGCACAAUUACCGGAAGCUGAAGUUCCACCACCUGAAGAUGAGGAGAUGCGUAGACCAAUCCGAUGGUACAGACAUUGGGUUCGACCAAAAUUCUUACAAUAUAGAUACAUGUAUGACUAUCGAACCAACUAUUACAACGAUGUCAUAGAAUAUUUAGAUAAGCGUGCGAAAGGUGUCCAUUGUGAAAUACCACGAGCACAAACUUGGGCUGAGCGUGUUCUCCGAACCCACACGAAUCCAACGGUUCUUGACUACUACAAGAACCAAAAGAAAGAAGAUAAGCAUCUUAUUCAAGUCAUUGCUGCCUCAAUCAGAACCCAUAACUAUCAUACCAAAGCCUACAUCAACCAAAGAUACGCGAGCGUUUUGUAAACGAAAAUUUUAGCAAUCGUGUUGAGCCUAAAUGUCAUUCAGCGCCUCAUCAAACACACACAUACAAACACACACACCUUUUUCUCUCUCUCUUUCUCAAUAUAACCCGAAGAGAACAUAAAACCUAUCGAUAUUAUGCAAUUCACAAUUUGCUCUUCAAUCUUGACCACUAUUUUAUUUUAAAGCCUAUGUCUAUACAUACAUAUAUACGUUUUUUCUUUUAUUGAUUAAUUGGUUAAUUGGUUAAAGUUUUCUUUUGUUCUUUUUCGACCUUUACUUUUACUUUUCAUUUCAAUCUACCUUUAUAACGUUUAUUUUAUCAUAUCCUCCUCUCUUUUUUUAAAACUUAAUUUAUACAAACUAAACUUAAUCGUUGUUGGUUGUAACAAAGCAAAAAAUAUAUAAACUAUCAAAAUCAAUCGUGGAAUUAAAUCUGUAGCUGCUUUGUGUCUUUUCGAUAAUAGAAUCUGAUGUACGAAAUAAAUUUUUUUUUUCUGAAUGUUUAGUGAAGAAAUGAAAA